AGUCAGAGUUUGUGAGGAGAGGGUCUUUUCAGUAUUUAAAAAAGUGAAGCCUUAUAAAAGUGCAUAUGAACAAAUAAACAAACCUAAUAGGAGAUUACAGUUCAUAAACAAUGUAAUCCAAACGUGGAUGCCUCACUGUUCUAGAUGGGAAACGGUCAAACGGAAACGUAUGAAAAGGGUUAAAAGUACUUCCAUUUCACCGUCGGGCCGCCUCAUUUACAAGGAACUCAGAAAUUUCCCUCUACGGUUUGUACAAUAUAGCUUCAACCCCACUUGUCCUUCCAGAAAGCUGAGGGUACUGGAGAACAUGGGAUCCUUUGUCAGAAUAACAGUUCUGGUAUGGGCUGACAUACUAACAGCUUAUGCCUUGUUUGUGAUGAUGACAUACUUGACAAAUGUCUGGAGUCUUACCAUUACCCAUGCUGCUGCAAUUGUGAAUGUGUUUACUGGUGUUGCAGCCAUAAUGCCUAUAGGCAUGACCUUCCUUGUUGAUGCUUUCAUGGGUGACUAUUGGAUGCUAUUGCACUCCAGUCUUGCUUUUAGCUUUGGGAUGGGUUCCUUGACAAUGUCAACACCACCUGUCCUUUCUGAUGUUGCUGCAGGCAACUGUGGUGCAUACAAGCCACUGAACCCAGAUUGCAUUGGCAAUACCCAAAAGGCUAUCUUCUAUACAGCGUUAGCACUUGUAGCUAUUGGCAUAUCUGGUCAUAUCACAUCCUUAGAGUCUUUCCUGAAACAACAACAAGAAGAUAAUUCAGAGCAGCUUAGGCCAUGGCAAGCGGCAGGCGGCUUGGGUGUGAUUCUUCUUCCAAUUGUUGCAUGUAUUGCACUUCCAAAUAUAAAGCCAUGGUUUGUCCAAUUUUUAAUACCAGCAGUAUGUACUGGAGUGGCAACUUUUCUAUUCACAACUGGCUCAUGUGUAUACAGAAAUUCUGCACCACAGGGGAGUCCUUUUACAACUGUAUGUAGGGUCUUUGUAGCCUCUGCUUCCAAGAUGUUUCAUCAUCUCCCACCAAAUGAUAAUCAGGUGCCUCACACCCGGAGUCUUAGGUGCCUCGACAAGGCUGCCAUUGUAGUCGAAACCCAAAAUCAGGAACAGAAUGAAAAAAAUAGAUGGACACUUUGCAGCCUAGCAGAGGUGGAGGAUACAAAAAGUGUAGUACGCAUGAUACCCAUGUGGAUGACCUUCAUCAUGUGUGGGGUUGUGAUCUCCAUAGGAAACACUUAUUUCAUAGAGCAAGCAAAGGAUAUGAAUCAAAAGGUCGGAAAAUGGAAGAUCCCUCUUCCCAUAUUUAAACUAUUCUAUGACCUUGUAAAAGACUAUUUCCCUAAUCUGUAUGUCAAGGUAACUAAACUAGUUAUUAGAGAAAAAUAUAUACCCCCCUGUGGAAUCACAGCAGCAAUGCUGUUUUCUAUACUGUGUUGUAUCACAGCUGCAGAGGUGGAAACCAGGAGGCUAGACGUGGUUAAAAGGCACGGGUUUGACAAUUCUAAUGACAAUAAUGAGAAAAUCCCAAUGAGCAUGUUCUGGCUUCUUCCACAGUUUCUCCUUCUUGGUGCCGUUGAAGGAAUCUCUAAGGACUGCAUUGAUCGAUUCUUCACUAAUCAAGCUCCUACUUCAAUGAAGCGCUACUUGCAACUUUUCAGCUACGGUGUGAUGGGAGCAGGAACUGUGGGUAGUGUUCUUUCAGUUUAUGUUGUGGGAAAGGUGAGUGGAAGUGUAGGGAAACGAAGUUGGUUUCAGGACACAUUGGAUAAAAGUCAAUUGGAUAACUACUACUGGACACUGACAGUGUUGAGUUCUGCAAAUCUUAUUUUGUACAUCUUGGUGGCAAUGUUUUACACCUAUAAAGACCCACCAAGUGAAGAACCUACACAACCUUAGGAAGUUCAUGUGCAUUGUUGUUGUUGUUGUUUCUGUGGUUAGUAUUCUUAGAACGAUUUCAUUUUACAUUCAUUUCCUUGUAUUCUCCAAUUCAAUGUGGCAGUAUUCUUUGUAUUCAUUGACGUUUGUGAAGUGCAAUGAUUCAACAAGCUUAAGUUAUUGAAACAGUAGA